AGUCAGCCUCGCAGAGACGUUGUAGUAAAAAGCGAUCCUGCUCUUCCAUCGGCUGAUUGUCGCUGAUACCCGGGCGGGGGGGAGCGGAGAGACCAAGACCCGGAGAGGAACCGAGGGAACCGAGCCAAGCGCGCUGCGACCAUGCCCAAGUCCAAGAAGCGGGGGAGCAACCACCAGCGCGGAGCCGGUGGUCAGCCCAGAAAUGUGCAGCCUUUUAGUGAUGAAGAUGCAUCAAUUGAAACUAUGAGCCACUGCAGUGGUUUCAGUGAUCCUGCUAGCUUCACUGAGGAUGGGCCUGAAGUGGAUGAAGAAGCAACUCAAGAAGACUUAGAAUACAAACUGAAGGGAUUUAUUGAUCUUACAUUGGACAAGAGUGCAAAGACAAGACAAGCAGCUCUUGAAAGUCUGAAAAACGCUUUUUCUUCUAAAAUCUUAUAUGAAUUUAUCAUGGAAAGGAGAAUGACACUAACUGAUAGUAUUGAACGCUGUAUAAAGAAAGGUAAGAGUGAUGAACAGUGUGCAGCUGCAGGACUGGCAUGUCUUCUGUGUGUGCAGCUGGGGUCAGGAAUUGAAAGUGAAGAGAUAUUUAAGACCCUUGGACCAGUUCUGAAGAAGAUUGUUUGUGAUGGAGCAGCCAGUAUCCAAGCUAGACAGGCUUGUGCAACCUGCUUAGGGAUUUGCUGUUUCAUUGUCACUGAUGACAUUACGGAACUGUACUCUACUAUGGAAUGCCUUGAAAAUAUCUUCACAAAAGCUUAUCAGCGAGACAGGGACACUAAUGGUGUAUCGAGUACACAUAAUACUGUUCUUCACAUCGGUGCUCUUUUAGCAUGGACACUGUUGUUGACCAUUUGUCCAAUGAAUGAAGUGAAGAAAAAAAUUGAAAUGCACUUAUAUAAGCUUCCAAGUCUGCUGUCUUGUGAUGAUGUCAACAUGAGAAUAGCUGCUGGAGAAACACUAGCUCUUCUGUUUGAACUGGCACGUGAAACAGAUGCUGAUUUCUUUUAUGAAGAUAUGGAACUUCUAACAGAGAAACUAAGAGCUCUAGCUACUGAUGGAAACAAGCACCGAGCCAAAGUAGAUAAAAGAAAGCAGCGAUCAGUCUUCAGAGAUGUUUUACGAGCUGUUGAGGAGCGUGACUUUCCUACAGAGACGGUUAAAUUUGGACCAGAGCGCAUGUAUAUUGACUGCUGGGUUAAAAAACAAACCUAUGAUACCUUCAAGGAGAUUCUGGGGUCAGGGAUGCAAUAUCAUUUGCAGUCAAAUGAGUUUCUUCGGAAUGUGUUUGAGCUUGGUCCGCCAGUAAUGCUAGAUGCUGCAACUCUUAAAACAAUGAAGAUACCACGUUUUGAAAGGCACUUGUACAACUCUGCAGCAUUCAAGGCUCGGACAAAGGCUAGAAGUAAAUGUCGUGAUAAAAGAGCAGAUGUGGGUGAAUUUUUCUAGAUCUUUUUUGUGAUGUGCAAUUUUAAGGCUUGCAUAAUUUAAGUAUAUUUGUAACUUUUAAAUGAGUUUUUAAACUUUAUGUAGUCACAGCUUGCACUUGUGCACUGGGAUAAUGUAUAAUAUCUGUAAAUAUAAUGCAUGUUGUCGCUUAGUUGCAUAUAUAUUGUAUAUAGAUUGGUAAGAUUGGGUGCUAGGGUAAAUUGUAACACUUAUAUGCAACUUGUUCAAAACUUGAAUAUAUUGUAACUCAGCUGUUAAUGGUGUGGAUAAAUGUAUUGAAUUGCCAUGGGUCGGAUUUGAUUCCUUAAUUUGUAUUAAGGAAAAUUAAUUUAAUUUGACCAAGUGUUUUUGGUAGCGGUGUAUUAAUAUGGAAUGAAACUUGUUCAUGUGAAAUUAUUUUAGUAACUUUUUUAGCUCUUAACUGGUAGACGAAUGGAGAAAAUUCUACGUAGUAUGACUUUAUACUGAACGGGACUAUGAAGUUCAAUUACCUUCGCUUAUAGUGAAGUAGUAAAUGACAGUACUUGCCUCAAUGUAAGAUAAAAGCAAGGUUCAUGUGUUCUGAAGCUGGAUAUUAAAGUUUUGGAAUAAAAAUCUUUCUCACUGUU